AUGGAGGCAGGAACACCUGCAGGCCCGCGAGAUCUGCAAGGGUAUGGUGAGCCUCCCCAACCGCUGGGCUCCACUGCGCGGAUCAAACACGUGGGCCGCACGACAAGCCAAAAGAACGUAAUCGCGGACAUCGAUCAGUCACCCACAUAUCGACCGGUACGGAGCGCACCAAGCCGAACCUUGUGGUUCUACGCAUCCUAUGGUUGUGGUUCUACGCAUCUUGUAUUUCUGUGCUCGCACUGGAGAACCAAUGCCAGCACAGAACCAGAAGAUGAGUCCGAGAGUGGGAAAGAUAGUGACAUUGGUUGUCAAGUACACCUAUUCCCAGUAGUCCGCAAGAAUCGAUUAGAAGGGGGUAGUGGACCGAGACCAUAA